CUGCCCCAGUCCGCAUGAUCCACGAGGCGUCCAAUCGCGCGCCCCCACGCAUUUCGUUCCUCCUCGCCGCCUAAUCCAUCGCCAUAUCUGCCGCCGCUCGAUCUCCACCGCCGGCGAGGACUCCUCCUCUGCCGACGCUUUUGGAUGGUCCGCGCCGACGACUCGUGCCGGUAUCUAUGUCUCUCUCUUCCUCCGACGUGAAUCGGAUCGGGUGUAGCUCCCGUCCCCCUUGGAAUGUCUCCGCCGCAGGAUUUUUUGGUCCUUCCGCAGAUUUGCUUCGGCACCGGGCUUCUCUUACCUUGUAGGUCAGGCGACGGGAUCCAGGGACUCCAUCGUCUCCGACUGAGUACCCGGAGAUGGAGAUGCGGCGCGGUCAUUGCCUCCGCUGAGAACAGUAACCCUAGAUUGAACGUCGAUUUCUUGAACUCCACCAAGAGGACUUCCAAGGCUCAUAAGACCUUGGUUUCGAGGCAGCUGGAGAAUGGGCUGGCCGACGGGGAAUCGGAUCCAUCGCGAUCGAUGCAGUUGGCCUCCGGCUUCGCCAGCUACGAAGAAGACCCCUUGGUGGGUAAGUUGAGGACGCAGCUGGGAGUGCUUCAUCCCAUCCCUACUCCCCCAAUCAACAGGAACAUCAUCGGUUUCUUUGUGUUCUUUUUCUUUGUCGGUGUUGCCUUCGACAAGGUUUGGACCUCGAGGAAGAAGAAGACGCAACGAGAUGUCGAAAAUGGCACCUGGCCUCAGGUUCCGACCAGCUUCUCUAUGUUUUUUGAGAAAGACCUUCAGAGGAAAGAGUCGGUGGAAUGGGUGAACAUGGUUUUAGUGAAGUUGUGGAAGGUUUAUAGGUCUGGGAUCGAGAAUUGGAUCAUCGGACUGCUUCAGCCAGUUAUAGAUAAUCUUAAGAAGCCUAGCUAUGUGCAGAGAGUCGAAAUCAAGCAGUUCUCACUUGGUGAUGAACCACUGUCUGUGAGGAACGUCGAGAGGCGAACUUCCCGACGUGUGAAUGAUUUGCAGUAUCAGAUUGGACUUCGUUAUACAGGUGGUGCUAGGAUGUUGUUGUCUUUGACAUUAAAGUUUGGGAUCAUUCCCAUUGUUGUACCUGUCGGCAUUCGAGAUUUUGAUAUUGAUGGAGAGCUUUGGGUUAAGCUAAGAUUAAUACCAACUGAACCAUGGAUAGGAGCUGUAUCAUGGGCAUUUGUUUCCCUUCCGAAGAUCAAGUUUGAGCUGUCCCCAUUCCGUCUGUUCAAUCUCAUGGCAAUUCCUGUACUCUCACUCUUUCUCACAAAAUUGUUAACUGAAGAUCUGCCUCGGCUUUUUGUGCGUCCAAAGAAGAUUGUUCUUGAUUUCCAGAAGGGAACAGCACUUGUGCCUGUUCCAGUCAAUUUUAAAACAGAAGAUAUUCAAGAAGGAAAUAAGGAUUUUGUGGGGGAGCUAUCAGUGACCUUAGUUGAUGCUCGGAAACUUGCUUAUGUUAUAUUCGGGAAAACCGAUCCAUUUGUUGUUUUAAAUCUCGGUGAUCAAGAAAUUCGAAGUAAGAAGAAUAGUCAGACAACAGUCAUAGGCGCUCCUGGAGAACCUAUAUGGAAUCAGGAUUUUCAUCUCCUAGUAGCAGACCCAAGGAAACAGAAAUUAUAUAUCCAAGUGAAGGACUCUAUUGGUUUCACAGACUUCGCCAUUGGCACUGGAGAAGUCGAGCUUGGCUCCCUCCAGGACACAGUGCCAACUGAUAGGGUCGUAGCUUUACGAGGUGGGUGGAAUUUUUUCAGGAAGCAACUAUCCGGGGAGUUGCUGCUACGCCUCACGUACAAAGCCUACGUAGAAGAUGAAGAAGAUGCAAUAGAGAAGACACUCACCGACGGUGAUGCAUCGGACGAUGAGAGCUCGGAGUUUGAACAGGCAGCUGAGGUGUAUGGACAAACGUUUGGUGGUUAUCCUAGUGGGGGAGAAAGAGAGUCCUUCAUGGAUGUGCUAGCAGCUUUACUUGUCAGCGAGGAGUUUCUGGGUAUAGUCUCAUCUGAAACAGCUACUUCAAAAGCUACAGAGUCGUCUGCUUCCCUAGAAUCUCCGAUACCAAAAGCACGCAAUCCUAUCACUCAAGGAUCGACUCUCGAUGCUAAUAGGGCACCGGGUAAUUCUAAAGAUUCAACAUUGGUAUGGCUUGCUGUGGCGACCAGCAUUGCGGUGCUGAUUGCUAUCAAUGUGGGAGGUUCGGGCUUCUUCAAUCCAUGAUACUGCAAAGGUUUGUAGUUACUGAGGAGAGUGCAAAGUAAAACCGUACAAUUUUCCCGUUUCCAUCAACUGUAAAUACUUGAUAGAUCAGAGUCACAUCUGCGGCCAUUUUCAGUGUGUAAUAUUUUUUUAAUCAAUAAUUCUUGGGCACGCUUAAUCCUUCGUACAGUACUUACUUUUUUUUUUAUUGACUUUUCACGGCAAUUUGUGAUA